CACGUACGUGAGAUCAGCUGUGCGCAAUCAUGGACGCGCUCAAGGAAGAAGAUUUUGUGAUACCUCCGGUAAAAUACGAAUAUCUGGACCACACAGCAGAUGUACAGUUACACGCAUGGGGCGAUACUUUGGAAGAAGCCUUCGAGCAAUGCGCGAUGGCCAUGUUUGGGUACAUGACGGAUUUAGAGUGGGUUCAAAUGACCCAGGUACAUUACAUAGAGGCGGAAGGACACGACUUGGAGAGUCUUCUUUACCAUUUCCUCGAUGAAUUGUUAUUUAUGUUUAGCGCCGAGCCGUUUAUCGUAGCAAAGAAAGUCAAGAUUACUAAUUAAGCCAUCACCUACUCUGCGAUGCAAAUACUCGAUCGUCCAGAAUCAGAUCGGGCCGAACUUUUCGUGAUCGUAGACAUAUAGUCGUUUGGGCCCCAAUUCGACAUACCGUUUGAUUCCUUGGCGCGACCUUCGAAGUUAGCUUAGUUUAAUGCUUCAAAUACAGAAGUGGGGAUGACCGCAUGGAUACAGCAAUAAGAAGGGAGGGUAUACCUCCCUAACGUCCUGCAUACGGUACGAUCCUUUUGUAGUUACGUAGGGUUCAAAUAAAUACGUUACGAAGAAAACACCGGGUUCCCUUCUUGGCGACCUAUCUCAGGUACGUACUGAUAUAUUACAGAACCCUACGACUUACAAAAUUCACCGAUUGAAUAACAGCUCUAUAUAAUGUAUAAUCGUAUUAGAAUACCUUUAAAUAAGGUAAACAUUGUCGUCCUUACUUUCAUUUGUUGUAUAUUUUAAUCCACAGUUGACUAUUACUAAUAGCGC